AACCCACUCGCUUCCAUAUAAAUCCUUCAAAACCGCUUCCUUCACCUCACUUCUCCCUCUCUUUCACACCCAACGAACCCAAACAUUUCUCUCUCAAUUUCAUCACCAGAGCCGAAGCGCCACCACAAUCACCGCCCUCUCCCGCCAUUUCGGAGUUUCUUCCAUCAGAAUAUGAGCUCAAAUGUCCGAAAUGUGCGGAAGGAUAGGUCUAGGAUUCCCGCAUCAAGUGCUCGAAAAGAGUGGGUACCUAGAGGAUCUACAACAACCACAACUACAACUGAGACAACGGAUAUUCAUGUGAAUCGGCCACUGAACGUUAAUUCGAAUGAUAAUCGGAAUGGGCUAGAGCUAAAUUCUAGUCCUCCUCAUCCAGUUUAUCGAGACAGAGGUAAUCAUGGUCAAAGGGUUUAUGUGGGUCCCCGAAGGAAUCAGAGAAAAGACAAGGAAAAAGACAAGGAGAAAAGUGGGGAUCAGGGUGAAAAGGAGUUGAGAAUCUCCAACUUGCCUCAACUAGUUCAUGAAAUUCAGGAAAAAUUGACGAAGGGCACUGUUGAGUGCAUGAUUUGUUAUGAUAUGGUGCGGAGAUCUGCACCCAUAUGGUCUUGUUCAAGCUGCUUUUGCAUUUUUCAUUUAACUUGCAUCAAGAAAUGGGCUAGAGCACCCACUUCCACCGACUUGGUUGCUGAGAAGAAUCAGGGAUUAAAUUGGCGUUGUCCUGGAUGUCAAUCUGUCCAGCUUAUCUCUUCAAAGGAGAUUCGAUAUGUUUGUUUCUGUGGUAAAAGGCAGGAUCCCCCUUCUGACUUGUAUUUAACCCCCCAUUCGUGUGGGGAACCAUGUGGCAAGCCACUUGAUCGAGAGAUGCUGGUUGCUGGUGGAAGCAAGGAGGAUCUUUGUCCCCAUAAUUGUGUCUUGCAGUGCCAUCCAGGUCCCUGCCCUCCUUGCAAGGCAUUUGCUCCUCCUCGUUUAUGCCCUUGUGGCAAGAAGUUGAUAACAACACGUUGUUCAGAUAGGAAAUCCACUUUAACUUGUGGGCAGCGUUGUGAAAAACUCCUGGAUUGUGGACGUCACUGGUGUGAAAAAAUUUGUCAUGUGGGUACUUGCGAUCCUUGCCAGGUUCAAGUUAGUGCCUCUUGCUUUUGCAAGAAAAAGAAAGAGCUUGUUCUUUGUGGAAGCAUGACUUUGAAGGGUGAAGUAAAUACAGAAGAUGGUGUUUUCCCAUGUAGCUCCAUCUGUGGGAAGAGUCUAAACUGUGGCAAUCAUGUCUGCCGUGAAAUUUGUCAUCCAGGACCCUGUGGAGGCUGUGAGUUGAUGCCUGACAUGAUUAGGACAUGUUAUUGUGGGAAAACACGAUUGCAGGACGAACGGACAAGUUGUUUGGACCCAAUCCCAACAUGUUCUGAGCUUUGUGAGAAACUAUUACCUUGUGGGAAGCAUCGUUGUAAGGAGGUCUGUCACGCUGGAGAUUGUGCACCUUGCUUGGUUCAAGUUGUUCAAAAAUGCCGAUGUGGAUCAACUUCUCGUAAUGUGGAAUGCUACAAGACUUCCAGCCCAACUGACAUAUUCACUUGUGAAAAGCCAUGCGAGUGGAAGAAGAAUUGUGGAAGGCACAGGUGCAGUGAGAGAUGCUGUCCUUUAUCAAACUCCAGCUAUAACCAUUUAGGAGAUUGGGAUCCACACUUUUGCGUAAUGAGGUGUGGGAAGAAACUAAGGUGUCGCCAGCACUCUUGUCAAUCACUGUGUCAUAGUGGCCAUUGCUCUCCAUGUCCCGAGACAAUCUUCACAGACUUGACGUGUGCUUGUGGUAAAACUUCAAUUCCUCCACCACUGCCUUGUGGAACGCCACCCCCAUCAUGUCAACUCCCAUGUUCGGUACCUCAGCCAUGUGGCCAUAGUUCUACUCAUAGUUGCCACUUUGGUGACUGCCCACCCUGUACAGUUCCGAUAGCCAAGGAGUGCAUCGGUGGACAUGUAGUCCUAAGAAACAUUCCUUGCGGCUCAAGGGACAUUAGAUGCAACAAGCUAUGUGGGAAAACUAGGCAGUGUGGGAUGCAUGCCUGCAACAGAACUUGUCACCCGCCACCUUGUGACACUGUUGCUGGAUCUGAUUCGGUUCAGAAAACUUCAUGUGGACAGACAUGUGGUGCACCUCGAAGAGAUUGUAGGCAUACAUGUACUGCGCCAUGUCACCCAUCUGCUCCUUGCCCUGAUGCAAGAUGUGAGUUCCCUGUUGUCAUCACUUGUUCAUGUGGCCGAAUAACAGCAUCUGUUCCUUGCGAUGCUGGAGGGAGCAGUAUUGGUUUUAAUACUGAUACUCUGUACGCUUCGAUUAUCCAAAAAUUACCUGUUCCGCUUCAACCCAUUGAGGCAACUGGCAAAAAGAUUCCACUAGGACAGCGAAAACUGACAUGUGAUGAGGAAUGCUCUAAGCUAGAGAGGAAUCGGGUUCUUGCAGAUGCUUUUGAUAUCACUCCCCCAAAUUUGGAUGCCCUUCAUUUCGGAGAUAGUUCUGCUACUGAAUUGCUUGCAGACCUCUUUAGACGUGAUUCAAAAUGGGUAUUGGCCGUGGAGGAGAGAUGCAAAUUCUUGGUCCUUGGAAAGAAUAGAGGAGGAAUUGGGGGCCUUAAAGUUCAUGUUUUCUGUCCAAUGCCUAAGGAUAAGAGAGAUGCUGUCAGGCUGAUUGCUGAGAGGUGGAAGGUUGCGAUCAAUUCUGUUGGCUGGGAGCCGAAACGUUUCAUUACCAUUCAUGUUACUCCUAAAUCAAAAGUCCCACCUCGGGUGCUUGGUAUCAAGGGCUCAACAACUACAAGUACUCUACAUCCACCACCUUACGAUCCUUUAGUAGAUAUGGAUCCUCGGCUUGUUGUUUCUUUUCCAGAUUUGCCGAGGGAAUCAGACAUAAGUGCAUUAGUCUUGAGGUUUGGUGGUGAAUGCGAAUUAGUAUGGUUGAAUGACAAGAAUGCUUUGGCUGUCUUCAGCGAUCCGGCUCGAGCGGCUACAGCAAUGAGAAGAUUGGAUCAUGGUACAGCGUAUCAUGGAGCCAGUCUUCUUCAGAAUGGUGGUGCAUCAGCAUCAUCUAAUACAAAUGCUUGGGGUGGAGGAGAGAAUGCAAAGGAAGGUGCAUCGAAGAGUAGCAAUCCAUGGAAAAGAGCCGUAGUUCAGGAUUCUAGUUGGAAGGACACUUCAUGGGGUGAUGAAGAAUGGUCCGGUCCAUCUAUCGACGUGCAGGCAUCCGUAUGGAAAAGAGAAGCAGCUCCAUUUUCUGCUUCACUUAACCGGUGGCACGCACUAGACACUGAACCAUCUGUGAGUUCUUCCACUCAAUCUUCUGAACACAAUCUUGGGAAUCGAGUAGGCAAUUCCUCUUUAGGAUCUGAAUCAAGUACGAGUAGGAGUUUGAGCUCCGGAGGAGUGAUGCAGGUUGUAACAGAUGACGGAACAAACAUGUCCGAAGUAGCAGAUGAUUGGGAGAAGGCUUACGACUGAAAAGACCAAUGGAUAAGGUAUCAUCCAUCAAUUGCGAGCCUUGUUCGGAUCUUCGAUGCAGCCUUCUUGUCCUUGUAUUCGAUGUUGUAACGAAUGUUUUCUCACAAGGUGGUUUGAGUUUGAAAGUAAGUUUGUAGGUAUUUGGUAAUACUUGUUUUUUGAGAGAAUAAUUAUUGUAGAGUGUAGGUGUUUACAACACACAAUAGGGCAUUUUGAUGAUAAGUUGAAAAAAUCGUUUUCUUCAUUAGCUGCGGCUGCUUCUUCUUCUUUUAUAUGUAUGAGGGAAGCAUAACUUUGGUAUUUGUUUUGUUUCCCUCCAGGUUUGGGGGGAAAAUAAUUGUAUUUUGUAUUAUUAUUAAUUCUUAAGAAAGACAUAAUACAUAAAUCCUUUUCACUGUGAA